GACUGUCAAGACGGUAUGUGGGUGGAUUUUUUUCUUCCUUUCUUGAUGUUGGAAUAUUUUUGUCCCUUCUAAGUCACUGUAAGCACGUGUUAUACUGCGCACGCGCACGGCCCUUUGAACAAAUAGCUUGAAUAUUUUCUAAUAAAACAAUUAUGUCAGAGAAGGCUGGAGACGUUGAUUUGACCGGUGCUAAACUUAAUACGGGAGUCUGGCUUGUAAAGGUGCCCAAGUACCUCUCUCAGCAAUGGGCAAAAGCCACAGGAAGAGGCGAAGUUGGCAAACUCAGAAUCUCCAAGAAAGGAAACCAAGGCAAACCAGAGGUGUCUUUUACAUUAAAUGAAGAAUUGACUGUGAUUGACGGUCUAGAAGACAAGACAGUGUCCGCUCCUCGGGAACACCCGUUGACAAUGCAGACGGUUGGAGGUCAGACAUUGGCCGUAUUCACAGAGACGUCAUCGGGCCAGUCAGAAGAGAGAUCUGAUGGUGGCAGCUCAGGUUCGGGGGCAGGGGCUGGUACAGAUAAAAUUGCCUUAGAGGGGGUGGUGGUGCAGAGAGCAGAUUGCCGGCCGGCUGUUAGUGACAGCUAUAUGAAGCUGAAGAGGUUACAAAUUGAAGAGUCCACCAAGCCGAUCCGACUGUCACAGCAGUUGACCAAAGCAGUCACCAACAACUACAAACCUGUGGCGAACCAUGCGUAUAACUUGGAGUAUGAAAGGAAAAAGAAGGAAGAGGGCAAGAGAGCUCGAGCGGACAAACAGCAGGUGUUGGACAUGCUGUUUUCGGCAUUUGAGAAGCACCAGUACUACAACAUCAAAGAUCUGGUGGACAUUACGAAACAGCCCGUGAUUUAUUUGAAAGAAAUCCUGCGAGACAUUGGAAUCUACAAUGUUAAGGGAACACAUAAGAGCACCUGGGAGCUAAAGCCCGAGUAUCGACAUUAUCAAGAUGAGGAAAAAACAGAUGAAUAGGACAAGUUGUUUGGCUGGAUGAAGUUUUUGGCCAUCACUGAGUCUUGUCACAAACACAGUGGUUGGUGAAACCACAAGAUUUUUUGGAGGAUGGGUUGAGUUCACUGGAAGUUGCUUGAGGUUUCUCUCAAGUGUGCAUGCUUAAAACAUCUACAUGCCCAUUCUUCUGUUUGUUGUUUCAUGUUGAAAGUCAAGAUUUUAUUGUAAUGUUUAGAAAAAGGCGUAUUGACUGUUUUUUUUAGUUUCUUCAACUAUUGUUGAAAUUGUAUAUUUUUACUAACUUUCAAUGUCAAAACUGCAAUAAAUUCUUUUAUAUUGCAUUA